CACAACUUCACUCUACUUUUACUCCUCUCCACAUUCCCUUUCUUCAUCACACCACAUUACUUCUUCUGUAAACCACCACUGAUUAAUGACACUAAAAUUCCUUGUUGGCGUAAGAAACACUAGCGACUAAAGCUGAGAUACGACCCGUCAGUAUUAUAAGAUCCGGCCCUUCAUCCAUCCUCCCACAUAGAUCCCUUUCAAAUCAGGCAGAAUAAUGAGGACAUCGUUCCAGACUGUAAUCUUAGUUAUAGUCUUUACUUUAAUUUCAGCAGUUUCAUCAGCAGCAUCACCACCAUUCACCACACCAACUGGCCAACGUCCUUCCCUAACUAUCACAACGCUAUUGAAAUCUACGACUGCUACUACAGGCACAAGCGUCAUCCCACCAACAUCGACGCCAGCACUGGCCAGUCCAACAACGAGUGCUGGAGAAGACCCUGGGAAAGAAAGCAGUUAUGGCAAUGCCACCAACACGAGGAAUCCGGCUUUAAUUUCAUGUCCUCCACCACUAAUUCCUAACUCUCUUCAGCUCUCCUCGUCGUCAUGCGAGGGGCAGUGCUGUAUUCCAUGUCCUGCAUCAUCUGUAUUUUAUGAGCCUGGGAAGCUAAGGACCAUCUACAUGUUGACUAGUAUCAUUCGAGCAAUAUCUGCAACAGCAUGUGGCUUCAUGUCAAUAUGCUACAUUAUCCUGCCAAGUCGAAGGAAACAUCCACAUUUAAUUGUGCUCAUCUUCACUGUCUUGUUGGUGCCUUGGGAGGGUAUUGGGACGAUUUGGUUAUACCAAAAAGAUGAUCUUUUAUGCAAAAAUGUUUAUGAAAUCGCCACCAUGUCCAAUUCCUGGUUGUGUGGACUGCAAGGGGUUGCAUUAGUGUAUAUCAUUUGGGUGGUGCUCUGUCUCGCGCUACUACUGAUCGCCAACCUUCACCUAUUAACAGUAUAUCAAUCUUUGGUGGUUGAGUCACACCUGACAAAACUAAUUGUCUUAACGUUUUUUCUGCCACUGUCAGCCGUGAUCCCCGUCGUAGUCUCAAAGAAAAUCGAGAAUCCAGGUUUCGGUUCUGUAUGCUUUGUGAGCUCUGAUGUUGCUAGUCCUUUGUUCUUUUACCCGUUAUCUGUCGUUGUUUGUAUCGCAGCGAUUUUACAUCUAGGAACCAUAAUCUUUAUGAUCAAGACAAGUAUCAAAGCAAACACAGUAUCGCUUAAUGACUCCGCCUCAUAUGACUUCAGCGACUCACAAAGCAGUAAGACCAUUUUUGCAGGACGACGUCGACUUCAGACGGCACGCGAUAUUUCACGUCUUCUUAAACAGCAAUGGCGUCCAGGAUUAUUUGCUUUAUUCAUCUUGGCUGUUGAUAUGGUUUACUCGCUUUUUUACUUCACUGCGGCAAAAAAGCUCGCAAUUGUGAAGCCCACAACACCCUGGUUCACGCAAUGGACAAAGUGCCUAGAAGGCCAAGCCAUGAUCUCUAUCCAGGCAGGUAGACUCUCACUAACUCCAACCGCGGAUCAACUAAUCAUCGCUGGAGAAGCUGCCCAAGCAGCAUGUGCCUCAAUAGCUGGCCCUUAUGUGCCAUCAUUCCCAUGGGCAGCCCUAGCAGAGGUAAUGCCGGCCAUUUUAGGGACCAUCAUUGGCCUUAUUUUUGGGACUAAGGUGGAGCUGUGGCAAGAUCUAAGGACACAACUAUUCGGGAAUAGAAACUCUGCUAUUCUUACCACGGACGGUAAUACAAAAGGAGACCGUGAACUAAACCUCAGUCAAGCCCAUGAGCAUCCGUUAGACGAACAAUAUCAAACGAAGCAACAAAGAACUACUAAGGACAAUGAUUUUUACUCAGGGGGCCUAGGAUCAGAUCAGGGGUUUUACAAUAGCCAUGAUAUUCUAGCACAGUCAGUAGUCCAUUAUGAUAAUGAUAAGCUUGAAUCCUCGAUGCCGUCAUCACCCACAACUCCUACGUCACCGUCUCCAGCUGCUGGCACAUUUAGGAGCAGCUUGAGAAAGGGCUCCAUUACAAUCGAUACUAUUCAUAGGCCUUCAAUAGGACAGGAUAUUCAAACACCAAAGUCUAUGAAAAUGACUCAAGAACGAGCUCAGCUUGUAGCGGAGGGGGCGGAACCGUGGCCAGCAUGGCCAUCAUCGAUCUUGCAUACCUCUCGUUACCCUAACACUGAGCUGGAGUCAUUUUACUCCGCCAUCCCCAUUAUCACAAGUAAUGGCAUCAUUAAUACUACACCUAUCAAUGCCCCAACUCAACCGCCUUCUUCUACAGAACGUCGACCUAGCUUCGCUAUGAGGAUACAGGAAGAAAAACCUGCGGCCGACGCUAACUCAGCCACACAGUGUCAGACAUCUGCUUCGCGGGGAUUCUAUAAUUCAGAAGAUUUGACAGCUGGUCCAAUACUCCAGGCCCUGAGUCGAAAGCAGAGCCUAAAAACGCAGGAGAUGUCACGACAGCUAAAACAACAACAGCAGAAAGUACAGGUAUCAACAAAGCCGCCACAACUCGAAGUGACGAUCCCAUUGCGCACUAAUAGCCGUCGUGAUCGUCAAGUACAGUUCCAGAUCGAGUCGGAACCAUCACAGCAACAAUUAACGCGCACUGAUUCUAUCCUUAGAUCACCUACAAGCCCUAAAAGCGCGAAUAUACCAACUACAUCUCCACCAGUGCCACGAAAGAGUGGCCGCCGGUAUUCUUGAGACUAAAAAUAACUAGCAUACCCAAUAUCCCUGUAAUGAAAUAUACCAUCUAGUAAAUUAAUAAAAAGUUGCGGAU